AUGGUAAGGCUCAUUCUAUUAUUAAAUGAUUGUUCUCUAAACAUUUUUAUUUUAUUUUAUUUUUCCUUUGGCAGUGCGUCGACCAGCCCCAAAGUACGCCAACAGGUGUUGCUGGAACUCAGCUACGUCAAUUCCAACUUGCAGAUCCUUAAGGAAGAGUUAGAAGGGCUCAAUAUCUCUGUGGAGGUGUACCAGAACAUGGAGCCUGCCGGACGCCCAGCAGAGAUGAAUCUGGAGUCGAGAUGCUGAUGAGCUAUUACGUACAGCUUGGUUUUGUAGACAAUCGUUUCUUCUCACCCACUAGAAAUCCGGGCAUUUUAUAUACUUGGUGUUCUAAACUAUCUAAAAGAAACUUUUACUCACACUCCAAGUUAUGACAUGAGCCCUGCCAUGUUGAGUGUGCUGGUCAAGAUGAUGCUCGCUCAAGCUCAGGAGUGCAUCUUUGAACAGAUCUGCCUUCCUGGGAUACGGAAUGAAUUUUUCACCCUUAUAAAAAUGGCCCAGGAAGUUGCGAAGGUUGGAGAGAUGUACAUGCUUGUGGACACCGCGAUGAGUCAAGCGCCAGUCAAGGAGAACAUCCCUUACUCCUGGUCAAAGCUGGCCGAAGUCAAAUCGGAUCAUUUCAGAGCUUUGGCGCAUUAUUUUGUUGCCACUAUGCUGAACGAUCACCAGAUACAUCAGACCGAUGAUGAAGAUCAACAGGAAAAGGCUUUUUGCCAGCUGUAUGACCACAUGCCAGAAGGAAUGACACCCUUAGCUGUCUUAAGAGAUAGAAGCCAGCGUAAACAACUAGGAAGACUUCAUUUGCACAAAGCCCUCCUCUAUCACAAAGAAGCCUUAAGGGUGUGUAGCUUAUGCACAAAGCUCCGGAAUAUAGAGAUCCUUCAAGAGAUUUUGUCCGUCGCGCACAAGCGGACGCUUCUCAAAUAUACCCAACAGGAGCAAAAAGACGACUUCUUUAGUUUGGUGCCAGCGCCGAAUAUCCUUUCGCACACAAAUCACAAAUUAGAACUGAUUCCUCCUCUGUUCUCUAACGUGAAAGUGAGAGACUUCUUCGAAAGGCUG